CAAGACGAGAAUAUGACAAACUUGUUCACCGUUUACGCUUCUAAUCCUGUAAUCCAUAGACCACAGUGACCCGAUAGUUAGCAAACGCUAACCACGACUCUCUAAGAUCGUUCUCCUUGUGCCGGCAAAAGCAGCUAAACGGAGAAGUUUUCCGAUCUCCGAACAACUCUCAAGCCUCGACGGAUUCAGAUCUCGGCGGGUAUACUCUCGUGAUAUUCCAGCUGCUGUUAUGAAAGUUGUAUACAUAUAGAAUCACGCCUAUAGAUACAAAUGGAGGCGGCCGUGAAGGAGGUGCUCUUCGAGACGCGCCGUCAUGCUUCGAGACCUUACACCUCCAAUUAUCCUCCCCAGAAACAGCUGAGAGGAGGCGGUGGAGGCAGCUUUCUAUCUUACCUUCCAUUUCGAGGAAUUACCCAACUGCGAGACAAGUGGAGUAAAUAUAGACAACCAAGAAGAUCAAGAAGAUUGGUAUCCCUGUUUGUCUCUGCAAUGGGUGAUUAUGUCGCUGUGGCUUCCGGGAACCAGAUAACGAUUUUGCCGAAACAUAAUGAUUACAAGGAGCCAAUUCAGAGAAUUUUCUGGAUUAAGUUGUCUGAUUAUUCUUUUAUCAUUGUUCUGGGUCUUCUGGCUGGAAAACGCUGUACUCGUGCUAGCACUUUUACCUGCGGAACUUGGUCCGAAUCUCAUGAGUUACUUGGAGUUGCUGAUGACACUGAUACAAUAUAUAUUAUCAAACCAAAUGGUGAAGAGAUGACUAGAAUCACAAAGAGACAUCUGAAUGUCUCUUCACCUGUUCUCGGUUUGAUUGUACAGGAUGAUGCUUCGAAGAAACAAUCUUACUUAUGUGCCUUCACUGUAUUUGUUUCAGACGGGACUUUUCAUGAUAUUGAGAUCAGUAAGGAUCCAAGCGCCUCUAUUUUUUCUACACAAGCACUGAACAGUUCUCAAAGGCUAAGACAGUUUCCCCAGGAAAUUUGCUGCUGGGACUACCAUACGAAACUUUCUUUACUUGUCAUAACUAGUAGUGUUGGUGACGUCUCAUCUUCUGGAUCUUGUAGUGUUUCCAUUUGGCGAAAAUCAAACUUAGAAAUGGAGCCAUUGGCUUCUGUUAAGUUUGAAGGUUCAUAUUCCACAGCAAAAGAGUAUCAUGGUCAACUGACAUCUCCAAAAGUGCUCUUCUCACUGCACGGCAAUUAUGUUGCUUCCCUGGAUUUUGAAGGGUGCUUAGUCAUUUUUCAGUUUGAUGAAGAAACAUGUUCACUCUCAAAACUCUCUGAUGGUAGGAGCUGCACCUCAAAGGCAACAAAUGACAUAUCAAGCAGUGGAGUAGAAUAUCUACAUGACAUUGUGGAUUUCACUUGGUGGUCUGAUGACGUACUCACUGUUGCCAAAAGAAAUGGUACCAUUGCCAUGGUUGAUAUUUUCAGUUACGCAAUUGUAUCUGAGGAUGACCAUGCGUAUUCAAUCCCCCUUCUAGAAAGAGCGCAACAAUCCUCUGGGCUGAUUUUUCUUUUAGAAAAUAUCAUAUCUGAGGACAGCCAUGGAUCUUCUGAACGGAAAGGUAGUAUUGAGCUUGUCAUGAGUGAGAGACCCGAACAGUUUGAUUUCUCCAAGGUGGAAUGGAGUUUAGUAUCAUUGGUGAAAAAAUCUGUUCUUGAAGUUUAUGAUAACCUAAUCAGUACUAGAAGGUAUCAGGCUGCUUUGGACUUUGCUGAUCAUCAUGGGCUUGACAAAGAUGAGGUGCUGAAGUCACAGUGGUUAUCUUCUGCACAAGGAGUUCAUGAGAUAAAUUCUAUAUUUCCCACCAUCAAGGACCUAGGUUUUGUGCUUUUUGAGUGUGUGGAUAAAGUAGGAGCAACAGAAGAUGCUGCAAGGGCUUUAAUUUCUUUUGGUCUUCGCUUAACGGACUCUUAUAGAUUUUCUGAGUUGGAAGAUAAUGAAAAUGAGCAAAUUUGGAAUUUCCGUUUGGCAAGACUUAAGUUACUACAGUUCAGAGAUAGGCUGGAGACAUUCAUUGGCAUAAACAUGGGCAGGUACUCUGUGCAGGAGUAUAUGAAAUUCCGUCAAUUGCCCAUAGGAAAAGCUGCUUUGGUUCUCGCAGAAAGUGGGAAGAUUGGGGCUUUGAACCUUCUAUUUAAGCGUCAUCCUUAUUCUUUGAUUCCUUCGAUGUUGGAAGUUUUAGCUGCUAUACCCGAGACUAUACCAGUUCAUUCCUAUGGACAGCUGCUUCCAGCAAUUUCUGCUCCUUCCAGUAUUGUUCUCAGGGAUGAGGAUUGGGUGGAAUGUGAAACGGCAGUGAUUUUCCUCAAAAAUCUCCAUGGCGAUCAUGAGGGCAGUAUCCAGUAUAUGACUGAACCCGUAAUGAAGCACAUGGCACUUCAAUGGCCAUCUGUUUCUGAACUUUCUACUUGGUACAAGAAAAGAGCUAGAGAAAUUGAUACCUUCAGUGGACAGCUGGACAACUGCAUGUGCUUGGUUGAUUUGGCCAUCCGUAAGGGAGUCUCUGAGUUACAGCAAUUCCAUGAUGAUAUUUUUUACUUGCAUCAGCUAAUAUACUCUGAUGAAACUGAAGAUGACAUCAGCUUUUCUAUGAGCCUUGCUAACUGGGAACAACUACCAGAUUAUGAAAAAUUCAAGGUAAUGAUGGUGGGUGCCAAGGAGGAUAAUGUAAUUACUCGAUUACAUGAAAAGGCGAUUCCAUUCAUGCAAAGGAGAUUUCAUGCAUUGAAUUCCGAUGAUGCUAUUAAUGGUUAUCCAACACAAGAUAAGACUGUUGACUCAUUCCUGGUCAGAUGGAUGAAAGAAGUUGCAACCCAGAGUAAACUGGACAUUUGCUCAAUAAUAUUUGAAGAAGGGUGCAGGGAUAUGGCUAAGAAUUAUCUUUUCAAAGAUGAAGUGGAGCUCAUUGACUGUGCUCUUCGUUGUAUAUACUUUUGCACUGAUGUAGAUAGCUGGAACACUAUGUCUACCAUUUUGUCAAAACUUCCACAGUUGCGAGACCUUGAAGAUGAGGAUAUAAAGGAUAGACUCAAACUUGCAGAGGGCCACAUUGAAGCGGGACGACUGUUGGCAUAUUAUCAGGUUCCCAAGCCAAUAAGUUUCUUCCUGGAUGCACGCUCAGAUAAAAAGGGUGUCAAACAAAUUAUUCGUCUUUUACUUUCGAAAUUUAUUCGCUCGCAACCGGGUCGGUCUGACCAUGAUUGGGCAAGCCUGUGGCGUGAUUUGCAAUCCCUUCAAGGGAAGGCAUUCACAUUUUUGAAUUUGGAGUACAUGUUGAUUGAGUUCUGUAGGGGUUUGCUGACAGCUGGAAAGUUUUCAUUAGCAAGGAAUUACCUGAAAGGCACCAGUUCUGUUAAUUUGGCAACAGAUAAGGCUGAAAAUCUUGUUAUUCAAGCUGCAAGAGAGUAUUUUUUCUCAGCACCAACUCUUGCUUGCUCUGAGAUCUGGAAGGCUAAGGAAUGUCUGAGUAUUUUCCCUAGCAGCAGAAACGUCAGGGCAGAGGCUGACAUCAUUGAUGCUGUUACAGUCAGACUUCCAAACCUUGGAGUCAACCUUCUCCCAAUGGCAUUCCGGCAAAUCAAGGAUCCAAUGGAAAUUAUAAAGUUGGCAGUUACUAGUCAAGGUGGAGCUUAUCUAAAUGUUGAUGAAAUUAUUGAGGUCGCUAAGCUUCUCGGAUUGAGCUCACAGGAAGAGAUAUCAACAGUUCAGGAAGCUAUUGCCAGAGAAGCAGCAUUCGCGGGAGAUGUACAACUGGCUUUUGAUCUGUGCCUCGUGCUUGCCAAAAAGGGGCACGGUUCUAUUUGGGACUUGUGUGCUGCUCUUGCCAGGAGCCAAGCUAUUGAGAGCAUGGACUUGAAAUCCCAAAAACUGCUUUUAGGUUUUGCUUUGAGCCAUUGUGAUGAAGAAUCAAUCGGUGAGAUCCUUCAAGAGUGGGAGGAUGUUGACAUGCAAGACCAAUGUGAAACUAUGAUUAUCUUGACUGGAAGAGAGCCUCCUGAAUUCUCAGAACAGAGUUCAUUAAACUCUGGCGAGUUUUCCGGAAGGGUUAACAUAAAUUUUGAUGACCACGAGCCACAGGUUGAAAAGGCAAAAAGUGUGCUCUCACUUGUUGCUAAAAAUUUGUCAUCUGAAAAUGAAUAUGAACGGGAAUCCCUUCUUAAGGAGAACAGGAAGGUGCUUUCAUUUGCUGCCUCACAGCUCCCAUGGUUGCUUGAAUUGUGUGAUAGCGAAGAACUUGGGAAAAAGCUUCCUUCAGGUUCAGCACCUGCAAUCCAGUACGUUAGUAUAAGAACCCAAGCAGUGAUGAGUAUUUUGUCGUGGUUGACGAGGAGUGGUUUUGCCCCAACGGAUGAUAUGAUUGUCUCUCUUGCUAAAUCAAUUAUGGAACCGCCUGUUUCAGAUGAGGAGGAUUUUAUAGGUUGUUCUGUUCUGCUAAAUCUUGUGGAUGCCUUUCAUGGUGCUGAAAUAAUUGAACAGCAGCUGAAAACAAGGGACAACUACCGUGAAUUUUCCAGUCUCAUGAAUGUGGGCAUGCUAUAUAGUUUGUUGCACAGUUAUGGCACUGAAUGUGAGGAUCCUGCUCAAAGGAGGGAGCUGUUGCUGAAUAAGCUUCAAGAGAAGCACAGAUUACUCAGUUCAGACGAGUGCAGUAUUGUACAUGAAGCACAAUCAACAUUCUGGAAUGAAUGGAAAGUGAAAUUAGAACAACAGAAGACUGUAGCCGAUAAAUCGAGGGUAUUGGAGAAAUUAAUACCUGGGGUGGAUACCUCUCGUUUCUUUUCUGGAGACAGAGAGUAUAUACAGAGUGUUAUCUUUUCUCUUAUCGAGUCUGUAAAAGUGGAGAAAAAGAGCAUUCUGAAGGACACCUUAGUUCUAGCUCAUACCUAUGGUCUGAAUCAUAGCAAGGUUUUUCUGCAGUACCUGAAUACCAUACUUGUUUCCGAGGUAUGGAGUGUUGAUGAUAUCACAGAGGAAGUUGCAGAUUUUAAGGAAGAAAUACUUGCCUAUGCUGAUGAAGCCAUUAAAUCCAUUUCUUUGUCUGUUUACCCCGCAAUCGAUGGUCGUGAUAAGCAAAGGCUUGGAUUUGUAUAUAAUCUGCUUUCUGAUUGCUAUAUGCAUCUAGAGAAAAUGGGGAAAUUAGAAAAUGCUCUUGGGCUAGCACGUUUUUGCAAAAUCGUUGCGGAAGAAUGCAGCAGGGUUUCCUUCAUUGAGGGCCUCGACUUUAAAAACAUUGCCGGUUUGCAAGAUCUUAACUUGAAUAGGUUCAGUGAUGAAGUUUGUUCUCAAAUAGACGAGAGUAAUGUAGAGGCACUGGCAACAAUGGUCCAAAACCUUGUCCUUGUAUGCGGUGAUACAGUUCCUGCGGGUCUUGUAUCUUGGAAUUAUAUAUAUACACAUUAUGUGUUGAGCUCUUUGGUUACUUUAGAAGGAAAGGCCGAAACAGAGAAGACCCAUUUUCAAAGCUCUGAAGAAAUUGACUCUUUUGUAGACGAGGUCGAGCUUACAUAUGAUAAAAGUUCAAAAUAUUUCAGAUUUAUCGAGCAUCCAGGCAUCUCAGACAUAAUGCUUCGGUUUUUCACUAUCAUCUUACCGAUUGAUAAAAAUGUGAAGAAUUUCCCUUGUGAUUCAACUGGGAAGGAGUGUCUGGUCAAACUUAUAACCUUCUGGCUCAGGUUGAUGAAUGAUAUGAACGAGCUAAUUACGUCAGCCAAAAGGUUUUACUCUGAAUUCUCAGUGAAAUUCUUCGAUGUUUCCAGAGAUUUGCUCAUCCACGGGACAAUAUCACCUAACCAGUGUUGGUGCACUGUUGUUAGCUAUGUGACAUAUGGCCUUCAAAAUAAUUCCGCCAUCGAAACUUUCAACUUUUUCCGAGCCAUGAUCUUUAGCGGCUGCGGUUUUGAAGCUAUAGCUCGUGUCUUUUCUGAAAUCGUGCACCGGGUCCCACCUGAAACAUCACUGUUAAUCACAGCAAAUGAGGAGACUUCUGUUAAUAUCCAAGAUCUUCCAAACCUGUACCUGAGCAUACUGGAAACCCUUUUGCAGGAACUAGCCAGAGGGUCCCACGAUUGCCAGAAUUUGCACUACCUGCUAUCGUCCUUGAGUAAAACAGAGGGCAACUUGGAAGAUCUCAAGAAAGUAAGACUUUCUGUUUGGGAGAGAAUGUCUAGAUUUUCCGAAAAUCUACAGCUGUCGAGCCGUACUCGCGUGUACGCGUUGGAGCUCAUGCAGUUAAUCUCUGGCCGAAAGAUAAAUUCGGACAUGUUCUCUGCCGAGGCCCCUGUGUGCCUUCAGCCUUGGGAUGGCUGGGAUGAUUUACAGGGUAGAAACGUAAAUUCAGAGGCCACGUCUAGUGACCUGACUUCAGACGAGACUUCUAGCAGGUUUAUGAGUACCCUCGUGGCCCUUAAAUCGUCGGGGUUAGUUUCGUCAAUUUCGCCUGGCCUGGAAAUUACACAAGAAGACACUUUGUCGGUGGAUUCUGCCGUUUCUUGCUUUUUAAGAAUUUCCGAAUUCGCCACCACUGCUUCGCAUGUUGAUGCUUUACGAUCCGUUUUGGCUGAGUGGGAAGGGCUUUUUAUUACAACAUGCGUGAAUAAAAACGACGCUGUUGAAGUAUCUGAUGAUGCCAACAGCUGGACAAAUGAUGAUUGGGACGAGGGCUGGGAGAGCUUCCAGGAAGAGUCAAUCGAGAAAGCCUCAAAAGACGAAAAUGCCCUCUCGGUCCAUCCCUUGCAUAUUUGUUGGGCGACUGUAGUUAAAAAGCUGGCAGCAUGCUCGAGACAUACAGACAUAUUUAAGCUGCUCGACCAAAACGUCCCCAAAAAUUGCAGAGUAUUAUUGCUCGACGAGGAUGAUACACGUGGCAUUUGUCGAGCUUUACUGGAAUCCGACUGCUUUUUAGCUCUCAAGUUGUCGUUAAUGCUUCCUUAUGAAGCCAUACAGUUGCAGUGUUUGGAUGCGGUCGAGAGCAAGCUGGAGGAAAAAGGCGUGUCGGAUGAAAUUGCCCUUGACUAUUUCUUUUUCAUUCUCGUUUUAUCAUCUGGAAUUUUACCCAAUAUCAUAGCCCAAAAUUCUUACGGUACCAUAUUUUCUUACAUUUGCUUCUUGGUCGGGAAUUUCUGCCGGCGGGCCCAGGAGGCACAAGGGUCGUCGGCCAAUGAGAGCAAAGAAAGCCUCGAUUUCUUAUUUGUGGAAGUUUUGUUCCCGUGUUUCAUAGCGGAGCUCGUGAAAGCAGAUCAGCACGUUUUGGCUGGAUUACUUGUGACAAAAUUCAUGCACACGAAUGCUUCACUUAGCUUGAUCAAUGUUGCGGGGCCGAGUCUGAGGAAAUUCUUCGAAGGGCAUUUUCGGGAAUUUGAAGAAAGAGGGUCCCGGGAGGAGAUUGUUAGCUUCUGCGAGCCGCUGUCGAAUACUGUUGCCGGUUUGAGGGGCAAUUUGGGUAAUUUGAUACGAUCGGCAAUAUCGUUGCUGGCAACUGAUGUUAGAUAACUAGGUGCCAGUUUGCCUAACUUCAGACACCAUGUUUGGUUUAUAGCUAACUGAACGAGUUUUUGUACUCUGUUUUUGCUUUCUUAUAUUUAUUAGACCAUAUAUUUUUUUUUCCAAUUUGUUUUCUUCAAAGAUGAAUUUAUCCAUGGACAAUGUGUUAUCUUUAGUUACAUACUGAAAAGUAGUAUAGAAUACUUAUUUAAUAACUCGUCUCGAUAAAUAAAAU